CCAUUUCAUUUUCACUUUUAUUUCAUCAAUAGUUAUGUUCUUCGCUACCGGAGAUGGCAAGGUUUUUGAACCCUACCCCUCCUCCACACAACGGUCACAACCAUGCCGUAACUUCGAAUUUUCUGAAAUUCUGAUAGCAACUGAGAACUUUGACCAAUCAUUAGUAAUCGGGAGUGGAGGUUUCGGGAAAGUUUACAAAGGUAACAUAAUAUAUGGAUCAAGUCUUUUAGUUGUUGCCAUUAAACGUUUGGAUUCCGUGUCCAACCAAGGUGCAACAGAGUUCUGGGCGGAAGUUGAAAUGCUUUCAAUGUUGUGUCACUGUAACCUUGUGUCAUUAAUUGGAUAUUGUAAUCAUGAGAAAGAGAUGAUACUCGUGUAUGAAUAUAUGCCCAAUGGAACACUUGAUGAUCAUCUCCAUAAACUCAGUUCCCCUCUUUCUUGGCUUCAGCGCCUAAACAUAUGCAUAGGUGCUGGUCGUGGGUUACACUACCUGCACACUGGUACCGGAAUCGAGUAUGGUGUUAUACAUCGCGAUGUAAAAAGUUCUAAUAUUUUAUUACAUGAAAGUUGGGCAGCUAAAAUAGCUGACUUUGGGUUGUCAAAAGUAGGUCCAACGAAUCAACCAUCUACUUAUGUCAAUACACAUGUUAAAGGCAGUUUUGGAUAUUUUGAUCCCAAUUAUUAUGCAACUGGAAAGCUAACAAGGAAGUCUGAUGUGUAUGCUUUUGGGGUAGUGUUGUUGGAAGUGUUGUGUAGGAAGCGUGCAACGGAUAGAAGUCUAGAUGAGGGUUUAGUUACAUGGGUUCAAGAUUCUAUCAAAGAAGGGAAUUUAAAGCAAAUAAUUGAUUCUGAUAUAAAGGGUGAGAUCUCCCAAAAAUGUUUGAAGGAAUAUGUUAAAAUUACAGAGAGAUGUUUGCACAACAGUCCAAAACAGCGACCUGCCAUGGCUAAAGUUCUGUUUAGUCUUGAAUCUGUACUGGCUUUACAAGUGAAAUUCAAUAAUUCGUUGCAAUCUUCACACAGGACAAUAUUUAGUAGAAUGGUUAACUUGCUUCCGUUCUCCUACAAUGAAGAAAACUCUGGUAUAUCUAACUCCCUUUCAUUUGUGUUGACAUAUCCUUUCUUUGCUAGAAUAUCAAUGAAAAUAUGGAAAUGUUAUAUCCUAACUUUAAAAAAAGAUUAUCAGAGAUUGACAAUCCUUACCUUAGUUGUUAGGACAUAA